AUGGGUGAAGAACUUUCUGGUUUGAGUGCCAAAGAUCUACAGAGCCUGGAAAACCAACUGGAGACAAGUUUGAAAGGUGUCCGGAUGAAAAAGGUGCCUAGUCCUGAUUAUAUAGUCUCAGUUACUACUGUCAAGAUCCCUUCUUUAUGUAGCACAUGCAUGACACUCAGUCAUUUUUCUGCAGGACCAGAUACUAAAUGA